CUUGCUACUGUUGAGUUUUGUUUUUCAACGAAGGCUAUAUAUAUAGUGAAAGUUGACUAUUGUGCCAUGAUAAUAUGCCUUAGAACAGUUACAUUUAUAGCUUUUUUGAUAUAUUGUAUAUUAACUUGUUACACUGGGUAUAUUUUAUUGAAAAAUAGCAUUAGCGUUAAGGACGAUAAAUUAACUCACAAGAAGUGGUCUUUACCAGAUGAUGGGGAAGACUGGAAUCCUUGGGGUGAAGAGUUUGAAAGAGAGCAGAAUUUCAAGUCUUUCAUAGUCCAAAAGCCUUCUGUUAAAUGGUGGGCGAAUCAGAGCUUGGAUUUUGGAAAGCAGUUUUAUAGGUCAAAAGUGGACGGAGUAUUUCAGCCUCAAGAUUCCUAUAAUGUAGAGAUAUGGGGAAAAGCUGCUAUAGGUUUGUAUCUUUGGGAACACAUACUGAAUGGCAAAUUGGAAAGUAAAAUGGAUGGUGUUUGGAGCUAUGGUUUUAAAAAAGUCGACAAUUUGAAACUCAAGUUUCGAACAGGUCCGGGAGUAAUAACUACGAAAGCUCCGAGUGAUGUCCGCUACUUGCUUUUGAUUUUGAAUGGAAGAAGCGAAGAUAAAGUGACUUUUGCAAAGAUGUGGCUUGAUUUUUUACCUCAGUUUCGAAAUUUACAGAGUGUUACCUUAGUUAUUUUAGGCAACGAACAGUGUCACAAUGACUGGUUAAUUCCAUAUACAUCCAAAGCAGGAGGUCUUAUUAACACAACUUUCAUAGUUUAUGACAGCCCACUUAUUGAUAAUAAGUACUUUUUUCAAUGGCCUCUUGGAGUUGCAACGUAUAGAGGUUUUCCUAAAGUUGAUUCAAAGAAGCUAGAUCUUGAGAAUGCCCGUCCUUACAUUUGCAACUUUCUUGGAUCAAUUUAUGCUCAUUCAUCGAGGGAAAAAUUGCUUCAAGUUAUUCAGAAUAAUAACCUAACACAGCUAUGCUUUAUUAAAGCACGAUAUGAGUGGCAACCUAAGGAGACUAAAAGUUCAUUAGCAAUUUAUAUUCAGAGCCUUCGUUUAAGUGACUUGACACUGAAUCCAGUCGGCAUGAACACAGAAUGUUACCGCAUUUACGAGGCAAUGUCUUUUGGUUCUGUCCCUGUUGUUGAAAAUGUUAUGACACCUGGCAAAUGUGGAGAUUCCAGUUCUGUAGUUGCUCCUGCUCCUUUAAGACUAUUGAAAUCUUUUAACGCUCCUGUAAUUUAUAUAAAUGACUGGUCGGAACUUCCUGGCCUUAUUGCAAAAGAAUUAAAAAUGUCUCUAGCAGACAAAAUACGUAGAAGGAUUAGAAUUGUUCAGUGGUAUGAAAAUUUCAAGCUACAUUUACGAGAACAGCUGCUUUCUGUUCUGAAAGAAAAUAUCUCUAGAAGAUGACUGAAGGAAACUAAAUAGUCUGUUAUUCGUGAAAAGAAAGUUGUUGAUGAUUUUAAACAAUUACAGAUAUCUUUUUAGAUGAAAAAUGUAUAUAUUUUAAAGUGAAGAGAAGUUGCAGUUUUAUGAAAGUAUUUUUGUAUAUGUUCAUACUUUUUUUUAAUAUUUUUUAACUGUGAUACAUAUAAGUAUGAAUACAGUAAAAGCUCAACUAUCCAGCAUUCCAGUAAUCAGUAUAAUAAAAAAUAAGUAAACAGCCAUUGUAAAGGCCAUAUAAGAUUAUGACUCAGGGAAAAAAUUGCUGCCAAACAGUGUGGUUUAGUACCUAUAUAGGGUAAGCACUUUGUCAUAACACAAUCAUAAAAUCUUCACCCAAGUUUUAUGCAAACCUAAUUAACUUUUGAAAAGCCAAUUUAGUUUUUGUAAAGAAGGAAGUUGUUGAUCAAGCAUUGUUUAUCUGAUUUUCCUUUGCCUCCCCCUUUUUUAGAGUAAAAUUGGGGAUUUGUCUUAAACAGAGAAUGAAGCAUUGGAGUAUUUUCAAAAUUACAGGAUCCUGGCAUAAAGAAAAGUAUCCAUUAAUGUGCAUAAAAUGUGAUUUUAUUUGCAAACCAAUAAAGAGUAGUGUUGCAACAUCAAAAAUUAUGACAAGCGAUUUAAAUUUAAGUGUUUCAUGUGCUAUAUCCAUAGCUUGUAUCUCUUGACAUCUAGUAAAAUAAAGAGUGGUCAGUUCUUUCAAACUUAUGCUGGAACGGUUAACAUGGUUGGCCAAAUCUCUGGCGAUUUUCAUCACUGGUAGGAUUUUUCCAAUCAGAUUAAGAUGCUUUACUUUUGAAAUUUUAAAAACUACAUUAAUGCAUUAGCUUUUAUGUUUGAUUCCCCCCCCCAAAAAAAAAUUUUGCAUAAUGUUAAAUGUAUGCUUUUAACAAUCAAGAUUUUUUUUUUUUUUUUUAAAUUUUAAACUAGAACUUUCUUUGAAUUCGUAGGGGGAAUGCAUUUCACAUUGUUCAUAUUCCAGUUAAAUGAUUUGUCUUUUCUACUGUGAACUGAAUUUUUUAUUUGCUCAUUUAUCUUCACUCAUUCGGUAUUACAUGAGCUUUUACUGUAUUUAAAAAAGAAAUCACCAUGGUGAGAUUUCUAUCAAAUUGACAGAAUCAGAGUUAAUAAAAAAAUGUAGGCAUACUCAUAAAUUUAAUUGUUAUGAAAAUAUAUGAGUAUCAAAAGUUGAUAAGAUAUUUUGAAUUCAAUAAGUAAUUUUUAAUCUAAAUAUAAUUACAGUCAAACCCUGUUAUAGCAAACCCAGCCUAUAAUGAAUGUCCUGAUAAAAACUUUCUGGAUAUCUUUGCAUUGGCAAGUUUUUUCAGUAUUAUCACAUUAUCUGCCCACCUUGACAAGAAUCAUUGUGGAAAGUGCUAUGUCAUCAAGUUGACAACCUGAAAUUUUGUGUAUUUAUAUUAUAUAUUUAGUGCUAUGUCAUCAAGUUGACAACCUGAAAUUUUGUGUAUUUAUCUCACAAACCCACUAAUAGUUGCACAUGCAUUAUGCCAGCUUUUGAAACCACAAUCUAUCUCGGUAGUAAUUUGCAUGGUUAUGAAAUUCAGGGGUCGUGUUUGUGGUUACUGUUUACCAGGUUAUUCAAUAAGUUCACGGAACGGAAAUGAAGAAACGAAUUUUUAUUUGUAAAAAUGACUUUUUUUUUUUCAACGUAGUUUCCCUCAACUUCAAUACACUUAUUCCAAUGGUCUUCUAAUUUAUGGAUCCCUUGACUGUAGUGGUUUUUCGGCAGCUCUGCAAAAUAUCCCUCCAUGGCAGCUAUUACCUCUUCGUUUGAAGAAAACCGUUUUCUACGGAGAUAUUGUUUGAUAUUGUUUGAGGUGUGGGAAGAGCCAGAAGUCGGAGGGAGCUAAAUCUGGCAAAUAGGCUGGAUGUUGCAACAAUUCGUACUUCAAUUCAGUUAUUUUAGGAAUGGUUUUUUGAGAUGUUUGCGCAGGUGCGUUAUCUUGGUGGAAAAUGAUUUUCUUCUUCUGUAAUCCAGGUCUUCUUUCAUGAAUUUUUUCGUCUAAUUGAUUCAAAAGGUUACAAUAAUAAUCCGAAUUAAUUGUUUUGCCAGUUUGAAGGUAAUCUAUAAACAAAAUUCCUUUCGCAUCCCAAAAAACUGAUGCUAACAUCUUCUUGGCUGAUUUUUGCACACGAACUCGCUUCGGCACCGAAGAGCCGGGUUCACACCACUCCUUAGCCUCCUAUUUUGAUUCAGGAUCAUGAUGGUAAGACACAAGUCUCAUCCAUUGUGAUAAAUCGACGGAUAAAAGUCACUUUUAUUCUUAUUAAAACUCUCCAAAUGUUGCUGGCAAAGUCACAUCCGAAUGUGUUUUUGCUCCAUCGUUAGAGAAUGCGGCACCCAUUUUGCACAGAGUUUUUUGAUACCCAAAUUAACACUUAAAAUAUUGCUCACUGUGCCCAAUGAAAUGCCUAAAGCGUCUGUUAAAUCUCUUUCAGUCAAUAGACAGUCUUCCAAUACCAUAUCUUGUAUUUUUCUGAUGAUUUCCGGUGUUGAUGCAGUUUUUGGAUGUCCCUCUCGCGUAUCGUCUUCAAGGCUGGUAUGACCACUUUUUAAUAAACUAGCCAUUUGCAAACCAUUGUUUUUGAAGGAGCAGAUUCACCAAACACAUUCACCAUUUGGGUAUGAAUUUCCAUUGCCUUUAAACCUUUCUUUACAAAGAAUUUGAUACCUGAAAAAAGGCACAACACGUUAAGAUAUAAAGGGCGGUUAAACAAUGAAUAAAUUAACGGAUCGAAAUGAAACUUUUGAUGUGUUCCUAAGAAAGAACAAAUAUGAAAAUGGCGUCGAAAUUUCAGGUCUAAUAUUGACGAAUAGAUGGCGCUCCGCAAACUUAUUGAACAACCUUGUAUAGUGAUUAGUGUGCAGUUUCUUUUUCCAGUAUGGUAGCAAAUUGUAAUGCUGUUGUGCGCCACCAAAUGAAAAAGAAAGCAUUAUUUUUUCCCCCCCAGAAAUAUCACAUCUUUAUUACUUCACAUCUACUUACCAGAAAUAUCACAUCUACUUACACAGUGUAAAAAUGUGCAUGCCAUGAAGUUAAUUUGCAAUUCUCUAAUGAUUUUUUAAGUUAAAACAGUUUGUACGUGGAGUGCAGUGCCGGUUUGCUCUGCAAUGCUGAAAAUCCUGCAGUUCUCUCUAAGUUAAAAAAAAAAUCGCUGCACUCGCAGAAAAAAGACCGAGAAAGUAGUAAGUUUGUUUUAUUAUGGAUGGUUGUCUCAUUUUUAAUUGAGUUAAUUUUAUUGUUUCAUUAUGGAUGUUUCUUGCUAUUUUUAAUUUCAUAAAUUUGUAGCUGUUUUAUGUAAUUUUCAGUAUGCCACCAUUCUUUUUAAAUGGCUACUUAACACGUUAAGCGCGGCGCCGAAUUUGCUGUUCUUUCCGUUCAGCCGGUGGCGAGCUAAGCUGUAUUUUUGUUUAGAAUGUUUCAAUACAUUUCAUUAAAUCUAAAUUUGAUCACAUUUCAUUGAGACUAUAUUUAUUUUUUAACUUUAAUACUGCCGUCCUGAGAAUCGACGCCAGUCAAACGAAAAUUCCAGCGCCAGCCACACGGAAAGUUCACUGCUGGUUUCCAGGGACCGGUGCCGUGCUCAACGUGUUAAUGUUAGGAUACUGAAAAAUUUAGUACCAAUGACUAACAACUUUGCAAGAGGGUGGGCAGAUAAUGCAAAAGUAUCCUUUUUGUAAUUUUAAAAUUUUUCCCAGAAUAUCUGCAACUUUCAGCUAAAAAUGACUAACUUUAAAUUCAUCCUGUUUAGGAUAUUAGAAUGUCAAAAAUAUCUUUAGAUUACUGUUCUUUUGUGUUCAUUCCCCAACUUUUCCUAUGUUUUAAACAAAAGGCUAUGGGAGGCCUGGAAAUCCAGGAUACACAAUAAACAUACCUUAGGAGAUUGUAUUGUGUCAUGCAUUGUAUCAAAAAACCUUUGAUACUUUCAGACGAAAGCCGAAACAGAUUCUUUAAUCGAGAGUUAUCAAACAAACUUAUCGACCAUGAAUAUGUAAGUAAUUUUACUUAAUUGAGAUUUAUGUGAAGUAAUUUUUCAUGUCAAAUUAUUAUUAUUUGUCGAAACUGAAAAACAAAAAAAAA